AUGAUCGGCGCGGGCUCAGACACCGUGCAUAGCAUGCGCAUGCUGAAGUGGGUGGCCUACCUGCUCGCCCGGUAUCCAGAGUACGCAACGAGGAUGCAGCAGCAAAUAGACGCCGUCGUGCCCAGGGAUCGCAUGCUGUAUGGCAACGUCGUCACAACAAAGUGGGGCGCCCGCACGUUUGUCGUGUUCGCAGACUACGACCUCAUCAAGAAAGCCUUCCAGCAUCCAGACUUGCAGGGGCGGCCUGACUUUUUCUCCUUCAAACUCAUGCAAAAAUUUGGACGAAGAGGAGUGGGAUUUACGGAUGGGGCGGUGUGGUCCGAGAACAGACGCUUCGUGCUGCGGCAGCUCAGGUCCCUGGGAAUGGGCAAGACCGUCCUGGAGGAGUCCAUCCAGAAGGAGGCGUCGUUGCUGGUGGGGCACCUCGAGAGGACCUGCCUGGAUAAGCCUGCCGUCAUGGACUGCGCCAUCAACACGUCUGUUGUUAACGUCAUCUGGCAGAUGUUCGCUAGUACUCGCUACGAAGUGGGGGACUCUGAAAUCACAAAAUACUGCGAGGAUGUGAAUGUCCUCUUUGACAUUAUUCAGAAAAGAUUGUUCUUUCUGGACAUCUUCCCUGUGUUGACGAAUGUGUUGCCAAAAUUCAUACUGAACAUGUUCGUGGAUGUGAAACUCGCUGAAAGAUGCCUUGAAAAUUUGACUAAAAUGUCGGAGGACAAAAUUCGAGAACACCUUGCCUCCCUGGACCCAGGCAACCCGCGCGACGUCAUCGAUCAUUACCUGCUGGAAAAGCCUGACCGCGACCCCACUGGCUACCUUAAAGAAUACGACGCUGAUCAGCUGUACGGCAUGAUGAUCGAGAAUUUCCUGGGGGGAUCAGAGACGACGUCAUCUACCCUGCGCUGGAUGAUCCUGCUCCUGAGCAUCUAUCCUGACGUACAGGCAAAGGCACAGCGAUGCCUGGACGAAGUCGUGCCUCUCACUCGCCUGCCUUGCCUAGCUGACAAAUCACGACUGGAGUACGUGGACGCGAUGCUGCUAGACGUGCUGAGGCUGAGCUCUCUGGUGCCCACAUCUCUCAUCCAUAGCGCCACCGCCGACGUCGUCUUCGAGGGCUACAAUAUUCCUAAAGGCACCUGCCUGCUGGUGUGCAGUGAACUCUGCCAGAAGAAAAAGUCCUUCUGGCAGAAGCCCGACCACCUUUACCCUGAGCAUUUCUUGGACGAAAAUGGAAAGCUGGAUGGCAAGAAAGAGAAUUUCCUGCCUUUUUCAAUUGGACGGCGGCAGUGUCUGGGAGAGUCUCUGGCCCGCAUGGAACUCUUCCUCUUCGCGACGGCCAUCUUGCAGAGGUUCAAAAUCGAGGCUCCAGAGGGCGUAACUCUCCAGCCAAAGACUGACCCUUUUUCGACCAUAUUAAACCUUCCGGAUAAAUUCGAAGUGGUUCUCCGGAAGAGAAUUUAAACCGUGGGAUUUAUUGAAGACUGAACACUCCGAGUUUAAAUUGGUUCUCUGA